GUGCGCACCACUCUAACCAUGGAGCUCCGUACUGUAGCCAUGUUGCUUUUCCUCUUGUGUGCCAUCAUCAUCACCAAGACUGAGGCAGGUCGCAUCCCAAACUGCUGUUUAAAGACUUCUAACAAGGUUAAAUUGGAGACAAUAAAGAUCUCGAAGAAAUAUUACAUUCAAUCAGAUGCUGGACCAUGUGAAAUUAAAGCCCUAGUCUUGGAAGUGAAAAAUAGAAAAUACUGCCUUCAUCCUCAGACAGAAAGCAAGGUGAAGAAGUUGAUGAAGAAGAAGUUAAGGCAUGCCAACAAACAGAAAAAGCAGUGAUGAUGUUUUUCCACUGCAGGGAAAUGCUUACAGAUAAUAAAAAAGGUAUACAAUAAUACAACAAUAAAAUACUGCACAAUGUUUUAAAAUCUGCAUUGCUAAUAUGAUUUAACAUUUGAUUUUCUGAACAUUGUCCUUUUUUUGCUUCAGUGCAUAUUAGUGAGAUGCUACAUUCCUCUGGCUAACAGUCAUUAUAGUAGCAGUAAAAGAGACAAGUAAAAAGUAAAAGUCAGACAAAACGUAAAUGGAAUGUGUGUAGGAUUUCGUGUGAAAUGUUCUUCUCACUGCUAAAGGCAAUUGUAUUAUAGUCAGAUAUUGUAGAUGGGCUUGUGGGCUGAAAGCAAAUAAAGACAUAAAAUAUUAUUAA